AUGGCCGACGACCCCGCAACGGAAGUCAAAUCCGCCGUCCGCCUCCCCUCCGCGACACACCAUGUCAUCGUGAAGCUGGAGACAAUCCACGUGUCCCUCCCCGAGAUCGACACGGGAGACCUGACGCACGAGGUCAUCGGGUACAAGUACACGCGCCCGACGGAUACCGCUGUGGCGGCGGCGAGGGUACGGCCCGCGAGUAUCCUCAUCACCACGACGGUGCCGAUCACCGCAGAGACGCUCGGGGAAGCGCCUUAUCUGAAAUGCGUCAUUACGGAGACGACGGGCACGAAUCACAUUGACCUGGAAGAAUGCGAGCGCCGCGGGGUUACAGUGAUGUACUCACCCAAUGCAACGGCCGAGGCUGUUUCUGAACACGCUAUCGGGUUUUACUUCUCGACCCGUCGCCGCCUCGUGAAGCUCCACAACACGAUGAUGGACCACAGUCCCUCCCGCGCGAACGCCUGGCGCGCGACGGGAAGCAUGUCUUCUCUUCUCCUGGACUCCGAGGGCCGGCCGCCGCAUACCUGCGGCAACGAGGUCGUGGGGAUGCUCGGGUACGGGCCCAUCGGGCAGAAGAUCGCAAAGAUGUGCAAGGCGCUAGGGAUGGAAGUCCUGGUCGCCGCGAGGAAGUCCGCUCCCUCGCCAUCAUCCUCUUCUCCGCCGACGUCGGCGCUUGUGAACGGAAAUGGAGAUGCGGAGCGUACGCCGUUCGAGGAGGUGAUUCGCCGCGCGACGACGCUCUUCCUCGUCGUCCCGCUCACUCCGGAGACGAAGAAUCUGAUCGGGGAGGAGGAGCUGAGGAUGAUGAGACCUGACGUCGUCAUCGUCAACGUCGGGAGAGGCGGGACGAUUGAUGAGAAGGCUUUGCUUUCUGCGCUUGCCGAGAACAGGAUUUAUGGCGCCGCGACGGAUGUCUAUGAGGUUGAGCCUGCGGGCAGCGGGGAGGAUAGCGUAUUGCUCGGGGAUGAGGCGAGGGGGUUGAACUUGACGCUUACGCCGCAUCUUGCGUGGUGCGCGGACCAGACGCGGGUGAACAUCAGGAGGGUUGUGGGUGAGAAUCUGAGGGGGUUUGUGAGGGGGGAGAAGGGGGCCAAUGUCGUGCUUGAUAUGAGGAAAUGA